AUUGAGCCCUUUCUUUAUCUAAACCUACAAAAACCCUUCCUAAUUUUCAGUAAUUCUUCUGGCUAGAACCAACAAUUCUGCGGCACAGUUAUUACAAAUAAUCACCAGUCUGUAUAAAUGAGCAGAUGGUCCACAAGUUUACUAGUGAAUGCCCUUUACUUGAAGACUUGUCGAUUUCCAACUGUUGGGUUUUAAGCAUUUGCGUGUCUCUAAAGCUCUCAAACUCAAGUUCAUUAUGAUUCAUCAAUCCUCGGAUGAACUUCUUAGUGUUGAAAUUAUUGCUUCAAGUCUUCAAAAAUCUUGGCUUGUCUUAAAAUGGGAGAACAGGAUAUCUAUUGACAUGGCUGGGUGUACACAUUUGAACAAGUUACAUAUAGGGGGUGAAUCUUUUACAGACCAGGAUUUUCAUCACCUUAUAUCACAAUUUCCCUUCGUUGAGCAUUUGUCUGUGAGGGGGUGUAAAUUCCUUGAAAGGAUUAUGAUUUCAAGUGAUAGGCUGAAAAGCUUAGCAUUCGGUAGCUGUGCUAGUUUGAAGGCAAUUCAUCUUGAUACACCAAAUUUGAUUUCAUUCUCUUACCACUUUAGUCCAUUUCCCAUUGCUGUAACUAAUGCUCCAUGUCCACAUUCGAAAGUUUGGAUCUGCCCUGGAGGUGAUCUUGACACUAGUUGGCUCAUGAAUCUGAAGGAAUGUCUUGGAAUAGCCAAUCAAAUUAAAGAUCUACUCAUAUUUUUUAGGUCGAACAAGAUUUCAUUCAAUUUGGAUGGAGUAAGAGAAAGUUUUGCUUCAUUCCAUUGUCAAGUUACUACUCUAAACCUAUCUGUAGGCAUGCCAUUGUCAGAUUACAGAGUUUUGUUAGAUGGCCUUCUUUGGAGUUGUUGUCCGAGGACUUUGCAUGUGAAUGCAAUCGAGGAAAAUGAGCACAAAUUCCUUCAGUGGCUAUAUGAGGAACUGAGGAAUAGAUGUGUAGAUUGCUGCAAUUCUCAUAAUAUCAAGUGUUGGCGACAUUACUUGAAAGAUGUAAAGAUUCUGAGCACCAUACAAAUGGAAGAUUGGAGGAGGAAAAAUUGGAAGCUACUUAAUAUAGAUGAUGAUGUACUACGCGAUGUUUGGGCUAUCAAUCAACAUGUAACUAUGUGCUUUGAUCUUGAUUGGGUUCAAUAAACAAGCUUAAGUGUUAUGUGAGGAGUAUCCUUUGUCGAAAAGGGUAUUUGGUCAUUUCGCCACCUUUUGAUUCCUAUGGUGUUUGCUUUAUUGUUGAAACAAACUUAGAAGGCAAACUACUACGUUUAAGGAAUUUUAUUAUGUAACAUUGAAUUUUAUAAUAUAACAUUAA